AUGAAACACUCCAUUGAUAUCUCCAGUUUUCUUGAAGAGAUUCUUUCACUUUCUAUCUCUGCUGGUGGGACAAUCAACUACUCAUUUGAGUCUGACAAAGUCUUUGGUAUUAAGUUGGUUUCUAAUGCAUUUUGGUUGCCACUCCUGCAGAUUCUGAUUCCCAAUGAGACUUCUCUGAUGACUCUAAUAGGUUCUCCAUACUCAAUAAGAAGAGAACAACCACCGGCCAAGAAAACUGGUCCGCCAAAAAGGUUGGUUCCAGGGCCAGGGGGAGACGGCAGACUGGGAGAAAUUAGGUUCCGGGGAAAGCCUCAAACCAAAGUGAAAGCACAGAUCUCAGCAAAGUGUGAGCCCCAACUCGCAGUACGGGGCUUUUCCUUGGGACAGUUGGAUCCCACUGCAGGAGGACGCACCCAGGUUGUCACCAGUAUGUCAGUGGAAGUGGGGAAUCGGACCACCCUGAAUGAAUUCAUCUUAAUUGGUUUCUCAGCUGACCCCCGGAUGCAAUUGAUCUUCUUUGGAGCUUUUUUGGCUCUUUAUUUGAUAACAUUGGCAGGGAACAUGAUUCUAGUUGUCUUAAUCAGAAUUGACUCCCGUUUGCACACUCCUAUGUAUUUUUUCAUUGGCAAUCUGUCAUUCUUGGAUUUCUGGUAUACAUCUGUAUACACCCCCAAAAUCCUGGCCACCUGUAUAUCUGAAGACAAGCGUAUAUCCUUAGCAGGUUGUGGUGCUCAACUUUUCUUUUCCUGUGUUGUGGCUUACACUGAAUGUUACCUGCUUGCUGCUAUGGCCUAUGACCGUUAUGUAGCCAUCUGUAACCCCCUUCUCUAUUCAGCUGCCAUGUCCAGAUCUCUUUGUGUUGGGCUGGUUACUGGUUCUUAUGUAGCUGGCUUCUUGAAUGCCAUAGCCCACACUGCUAACACAUUUCGUCUGAAAUUUUGUGGGAAAAAUAUCAUCGACCACUUCUUCUGUGAUGCACCACCCCUGGUAAAGAUGUCCUGCACUGACACAAAGGUUUAUGAGAAGGUACUCCUGGGAGUGGUGGGUUUCACAGUUUUGUCUAGCAUACUGGCCAUCCUGAUAUCCUACUUCAAUAUCCUCCUGGCCAUCCUUCGCAUCCGCUCAGCCUCAGGGAGAUGGAAGGCUUUCUCCACCUGUGCUUCCCACAUAAUCUCUGUCAUGCUUUUCUAUGGCUCCCUCCUCUUCAUGUACUCAAGACCCAGCUCAACUUAUUCCCUGGAGAAAGACAAGUUGGCUGCCCUGUUCUACACAGUGGUGAAUCCCUUGCUCAAUCCCAUGAUCUAUAGCUUCAGAAACAAGGAUGUAAAGGAGGCCUUCAAAAAAGCAAUACACAGCAUCAAAGUAUCAAGAUGA